CGUCUGAUGAAUAUUCAGUCUACUAUCAACAAAGAAGUGUUCAUCCCUCAGGGUGAGCGGCUGCUGGUGGCGGUGGAGGUAUGGAGAAGACAGAGAAAGAGGAUGUCCUUCCUGCCUGUUGGAGCCAAGGAUUACUCCACAUUCAUCUGUGUCUCAGUGACCAACACGAAACCCCAUCAGCUCCUGAUUACAAAGGUGAAGCAGUUUGGUGGCUCUUCCUCCUUUGUCAGGAGGUCCCAGUGGACAGUGGAGCAGCUCCAACAGGUCAAUGGUAUCAACCCAAAAAAGGAUACCCCAGAGUUUGAUUUAGUGUUUGACAACACUGUGGACAAGUGGGUGACCUGCUCAUCAGCAGAAAAGUGCAUGUUUGUCCAAAUCUUGUACAAUGCCUGUGAAAACUUUUGGAAGACCAAAAUAAGCAGUUUUGGCAUCUCUGGUAAGAUCAACAAGGCAGGCCAACAAAGACGAGCAAGUCAACAUGCUCCUCAUGAGCUCUCAGUAGAUUCCAGCAAAUAUCACAGAAACCUGAGGCGCUAUGAUCCUCCUAAAAAGACGGAGUUCACCAACUGCCAUUCCAAACUGACAGGAGAUGCCUCCACUGUGAAUCUGGUCAUCUAUCGCUGCAAAGCUUUCUUAAAUCGCAUGAAGAGCAUGAUAGCCAUAAGCCAAAGUCAUUCACCAAGACCAGGUCAAACUUGGCAUCGCGCCAUGGGAGGAGCGAUGGGUAAAUUAGUGCAAACGAUGAAUGUGAGUGUGGGGAAGCGUGGAGACACACUGAGCUUGGCUGAAGACAAGACUGUGGAGCUGCUGCAAAAGGCCCAGCAGUUUGCCGACACUGCUCAUAUGGUGACAUGA